UGGUGGUGUUUUUCUCUGAAUUUCUGAGCUUUCCUUUGAAGCACUGAGUUCACUGUGUUCAACUUGUGUCCAAAACACUCAGACACUGAGCACAAAAUGGCAGUGACUUUGCUGUUAGAGCACCAUUCACUGCCACUCCCUGAGUGUUCGGGGAGUCACGGGUGCACGUGUGGGGUGUCACACGUGGGGGUUGUGAUGGCUCAGGGGGUCUGAUGCUGAGGGCAGGAAGGACAUUUCUGCUGGAUAGGGAAUGAGCCACUUUGCCCCUAGAGCAGUGCUUUCCCAUCCUCUGCAGCUGAAUGCAGUACAUGGGGAAGUUGCUGAUUUAAUAACACAGCUCCAGAGGAAACACCAUCCCACAGGAACAGGAGAGAGGAGCUGGAGAGUGUCCUGGAGGACAAAAGGAGUUUUCAAGCAAGAUUUCCAAAAGAGAUGAAGAACUCUUCAGACAAUGACACAAAGGUGCUUUCCAGGCAUCAGGAGCUGCAGAGAAGCUUUGCUAUUAAUGAGAUGUUCUGGAUUGGAUGUAAAAAGCAAAAACUAAGAGAAAAAUUGGAGGUCUGUGACACCAGCAGGUCCCAGAGGGUGUUGAAAAAAGGAAGAGCAAGGCUGGUGUUUAUCACUCCUAAUUGUUUGCUGCAGUUAAUUUGCUGGUACUAAUGAGAUCCUGAGCUCAAGCGUUGCACUCAGCCAUGUUGCUGAAGAUCACCUUGUCUUCUGGAAGCAGAAACACAGUGAACAGAUGAAUCCCUCCAGCUAGACAUUCCUUCAGUAGAUCCCUCUCCUCAUGGAACACCCCAGCAGGGAGGAGAUGGACUUGAAAGAGGAAGGUUCCCAGGUGUGGGCUGACUCUGCAGCACAGGAACAGAGCACUGCUCAGGUGCACUUUGUCCCCGAGGGGGGGGCGGUGGCGCAGAUCGUGUACAGCGACGAGCAGGAGCGGGGCCCGUCCCAGCAGGUGGUUUACACGGCCGAUGGCACCUCCUACACCUCGGUGGACACCUCGGAGCACACCCUCGUUUACAUCCACCCCGUGGAGGCUACGCAGACUCUGUUUACAGAUCCAUCCCAAGUGGCUUAUGUCCAACAGGAUGCCACCACCCAGCAGGCAUCAUUACCGGUGCAUAACCAGGUGUUACCUCCCAUGGAGGCAGUGGAUGGUUCUGACCCUUUAGCACCUCUGCAGAAUCAAAUAGAAAGGAUAGAAACAAAAGAGGAAGAUGAUGAGGAUGAAGAUGAGGAUGAAGAUGGGGAAGACUCUGACAUGGAUGAAUGGGAUCCGGAUCCACCUCGACCCUUUGAUCCCAAUGAUUUGUGGUGUGAGGAGUGCAAUAAUGCACACCCCUCGGUGUGCCCCAAACACGGCCCUCUGCACCCCAUCCCCAACCGGCCCGUGCUGACCCGGGCGAGGGCCAGCCUGCCCCUGGUGCUCUACAUUGACAGGUUUUUGGGAGGAGUGUUCUCCAAACGGCGCAUCCCGAAGCGAACACAGUUUGGGCCUGUGGAAGGGCCCCUGGUCAGACAAACUGAGCUCAAAGAUUGCUACAUCCAUUUGAAGGUUUCUCUUGAUAAGGGUGACAGAAAAGACAGAGACUUGCAAGAGGACCUGUGGUUUGAACUUUCCAGUGAGGCUCUGUGUAACUGGAUGAUGUUUGUGCGUCCAGCCCAGAACCACCUGGAGCAGAACCUGGUGGCUUAUCAGUAUGGCCACCACAUCUACUACACCACCAUCAAAAACGUGGAGCCCAAGCAGGAACUCAAGGUGUGGUAUGCUGCCUCUUAUGCUGAGUUUGUGAACCAGAAGAUCCAUGACAUAACUGAGGAGGAAAGGAAGGUUCUCAGGGAGCAGGAGAAGAACUGGCCCUGUUACGAGUGCAAUCGGCGUUUCAUGAGCUCGGAGCAGCUCCAGCAGCACCUCAACUCCCACGACGAGAAGCUGGACUUCUUCAGCAGAGCCAGAGGCCGAGGUCGUGGGCGAGGGAAGAGGAGGUUUGGACCAGGCAGACGCCCCGGGCGCCCUCCCAAGUUCAUGCGCAUGGAAGUAACCAGUGAAAAUGGGGAAAAGUGUGAAGAAGGGACACAGGACUUGCUGCAUUUUUCCAGCAAGGGGCAGUUUGAUGAGGCCGGACAAGCCGCCCUGAACGGGCUGGAGCAGCAGGAGCAGACUCCGGUGCUGCCGGAGCCGCAGCCGGCCCUGGAGCAGCAGGAACCCCCCGCGCUCCAGGUGCAGCCGCAGCAUGAGGGCAGCACGGGGCCCACGCAGAGCACCAUGACAGCAGAUGACAUGAGGAGAGCCAAGCGCAUCAGGCUGGAGCUGCAGAAUGCAGCUCUGCAGCACCUGUUCAUCCGGAAAUCCUUCCGGCCCUUCAAAUGCCUGCAGUGUGGGAAGGCCUUCCGGGAGAAGGACAAGCUGGAUCAGCACCUGCGCUUCCACGGCCGGGAGGGUAAUUGCCCCCUGACCUGCGACAUCUGCAACAAGGGCUUCAUCAACAGUGGUGCCCUCGAGAGCCACAUGAAGUUCCACAUGGACCAGAAAACCUACUCCUGCAUCUUCUGCCCCGAGUCCUUUGACCGCCUGGAUCUGCUCAAAGACCACGUGGCCAUCCAUGUCAACGACGGCUAUUUCACCUGCCCCACCUGUAAGAAACGCUUCCCAGAUUUCAUCCAGGUCAAGAAGCACGUGCGCAGUUUCCACUCUGAGAAGAUUUACCAGUGCACAGAGUGUGACAAAGCUUUCUGCCGCCCUGACAAGCUGCGGCUCCACAUGCUGCGGCACUCGGACCGCAAGGACUUCCUGUGCUCCACCUGUGGCAAGCAGUUCAAGAGGAAGGACAAGCUGCGGGAGCACAUGCAGAGGAUGCACAACCCGGAGAGGGAGGCCAAGAAGGCUGAUCGGAUCAGCCGCUCGAAAACCUUCAAGCCCCGGAUCGCAUCCACCGACUACGAGAGCUUCAUGUUCAAGUGCCGCCUCUGCAUGAUGGGCUUCCGCCGCAGGGGCAUGUUGGUGAAUCAUUUAUCCAAGAGACAUCCAGACAUGAAAAUAGAAGAGGUGCCAGAGCUCACGUUGCCCAUCAUCAAACCCAACAGAGAUUACUUCUGUCAAUACUGUGAUAAGGUGUACAAGAGCGCCAGCAAACGCAAAGCACACAUUCUGAAGAACCAUCCUGGUGCUGAGUUGCCUCCAAGCAUCCGGAAGCUGCGUCCUGCAGGCCCAGGAGAGCCGGAUCCCAUGCUGAGCACCCACACCCAGCUCACAGGCACCAUUGCCACUCCUCCCGUGUGCUGCCCUCACUGCUCCAAGCAGUACAGCAGUAAGACAAAGAUGGUACAACACAUCCGUAAGAAGCACCCGGAGCUCGCUCAGCUCCCGAACACGAUCCACGCCCCGCUGGCCACGGCCGUCAUCAGCUCCACCCCCGCUGUCCUGGCCACCGACAGCACCACCGGCGAGACCGUCGUGACAACAGAUUUACUGACCCAGGCCAUGACAGAGAUAUCCCAGACCCUCACCACGGACUACCGGACUCCCCAGGGGGAUUACCAGCGCAUCCAGUACAUCCCUGUGUCCCAGUCCACAACUGGCUUGCAGCAGCCUCAGCACAUACAGCUGCAGGUUGUUCAAGUGGCCCAGGCUACCUCACCUCACCAGUCCCAGCACUCCACAGUGGACGUUGGGCAGCUCCAUGACCCGCAGACAUACACCCAACAUGCCAUCCAGGUGCAGCACAUCCAGGUCACAGAGCCAUCGCCAGCAGCUCAGUCAUCACCACAGGUUGGAGGUCAGCCUUUGAGUCCCUCUACACAACAACCCCAGCAGGAACUCAGCCCUUCACAGAUGCAGACUGUGACACCGACACCAAACCAAGGCCUGCAGCAGCAGCAGGGCUCCUCAGUCCAGCACACGUAUCUCCCCAGCACUUGGAACUCCUUUCGGAGCUACUCAUCAGAGAUUCAGAUGAUGACCAUCCCCCAAGGGCAGUACGUAAUCACAGAGACCGCUGUGGGUACCCCGGUUACCACUGUCAACACGGGGCAAGUGAAAGCAGUUACUCAGACUCACUAUGUGAUCUCGGAGGGUCAGCCCGACCUGGACAAACAAACGUCCUCGCUGCCCAGCGAGGUACAGGUGGGUGUUUCCCAGCCCCCGGAGCCCCUGGAGUCCCAGCCGAGCAGCCAACAGCAAACCACCCAGUACAUCAUCACCACCACCACCAACGGCAGUGGGGGCAGCGAGGUGCACAUCACCAAACCCAGGACUUUCUCAGCAGAACACGAGUGAAGCAGCCCCACGGUGUCAUCUACUUGUCUUGUCACCUCCCUGACAGCCCAGAUGUGGGGGUACCCUGGGGCUCCGUAUGUUUUGAUCUCUGUUCACUUACCUUCAACUAAAAUCUUGGAGCUCUUGUUAAUGCUUUAAGAGGGUUUAAGUCCCCAGUGACCAUGAAGUAUGCUCAAAAUCCUUCUGGGAUGCUUUUAUGCAGCUUUUAACAAAAAGGACAAGAGAAGUGAAACCUCUCCUUGCCCUGGAUUUUAUUUUUGGCAUGUCUGCUGACCCUUACUUUUCGUUUUUGGAAGUGUCUCCAGCGAACAACUUUUUAUUUCAAUUGUAUGGGAAAAGCUUGCCUAGCUGAAGGCAUCCUGGCAGAUUGUUGUAUGUAUAUUUUUAACGGGAGCCUUUAAACAGGAGGACAUCAUGUAAAUUGCCAGAGUAUGGCAAAACUGCUUCCUGUGGCUUUGUUUCAGCAGCCAAGGUGAAAGGGAAUGUCCCAGCUCAACAUGAGCAGACUGCCUGGAGAAAGGAGCAGCAGCAGCCAAGUGGUGGCUCCUUGUGUCCCUGUGUGGGGAUGGAUCAAACAGUGAAGAUGUGCCGAAGCAGUCCAUUAAAUUAUCCUUUUUCCAGCCCUCCAGAACUGUUUACAUGCUGUUUGCCCUGCCCUGUGUUACCCAGCAGUUCCACAAAGAAGGAAAAGGGGAGUCUUGUUGUUGGACAAAGUGAUUGAAAUCAUAGUAGCACCCGAGGGUACUACGGAGCCACUGUUGACUCUUUCCCCUGCACUGUUCAGAGGGAAGGUUGCUUUUUUGCCUGUAAACAAAAAAAUAAAAGGCUCAGCUUAACCUGCACUUUUGACCUAAGAUAGUUGUGCCAGGAGAAAAUGAGGGUACAGGAGCACUGCUCUGAAGGGACUGGGUCCUUAUCUCUGUGGCCACCUCAAAGUGAACAUGUUUCUCCCCUUCAAGACUGGAUGGAGAGUUGGUUACUCUGAUUUUUUUCCAAAUAACCUUUUUAACAAUGCACUGUAAUUCCUUUGGACAGUUCCAUAAAAAGACCAGCCCUGGACUCAGGAAACACACCAGAAACAUGCUUGUGGACCACUGUUUAUGGGACACAGAAAGCCAUCUGUGAGGGUUGCCUGCUUUGGUGGACCUGGUCUGUGUACAGAAUUCAUGUUGCAUUUAGGGACCAGGAGAAAGGGAAAGAGAAGGUUUAUCUUUUAAGGCAGUAUAAUAUUUUUUUCCUUACAUAAUUCUCCUUCACAGGUCUUGUUGGUUGGUUGGUUGAUGCUUCUGGUAGUUGCAAGAAUAUGUCUAGAACUCCAUUGACUCCUGAUGGGAUACACCACGUAUGUCUGAACCUCCAUUCUCUGCUGGAAAACUCAUCCCAGAAUGUCUGUGCAUAACAGAAUACAUUUAUUUAUAAAACAAUAACAAAGAAGGAUGUUGUGUCUUAGAGGCCCUUACGACAGAAGAACUUAGAGAGGUUUUUUUUGAUUUGUUUUCUCUUGUGCUGCACUGAGUGUGAAUGCAGGACUCAUGUUCAUGAGUAUUCCCAUGGAUUUAUGUGAGGAUUACCCAUGAGUAAGCACUACAGAUUGUGGUAUCAGGUUUUAUGGAGUUAAAGCUCUUAGACACAGGAGAACUUCACACUCAGGCUGGACAAGAGGAGGUCUGGUUCCUUGUGGGCAAAGCCUUGUAGCGGGUAUUGCUUUGGUAAUUAACAGAUCUGUUAAUAUGGCGUGGAAAGAGAGAUGAGAGAAAUCAGAUGGCAAAUCCUGGCCAGCUCAGAACUGUUCUGAGGUAGCUUUAAAGAGACUUGCCAAAAUGGGGAUUAAUUUAUUCCUGGGAUUUCACUUCUCUUGCUGUACCACCAUCUUGGGGCAUCAGUUAGCUGGGUAAAUUUAAGGAGGACCAGAGCUGCCAUUUAGUGCAGUGAUGAGUGACUUUAAAUUUCAUGGAUUUGGGAGCCCAUCGACUGUGGUAGUGUGGCCAAGUGACCACAAUGCCUACUAAUUAAUUUGAAUUUGUAUUGCUGAGGACUUUGGAAUUACAAUGUCAGGCAUUGCGAUGAUGUUGGUGUGGGAGAAGAAGAGGGAGAUCUUGUCUUGGCUUUCUUCAUGCUGCUGCUUAUUUAAUAAAGAGCCAAAAAUAGUAUUAGCAGGAAAAUAGCAGACUUGGAAAUAUCCAGGGCAAUACUGCCCUACAGCAGCAAUUUUAUAGUCUUAAAUGUUUGACAAUAGAUGAACACCAGACUUGUUCCCAUUAACAAUGUUGCACAUGUGGGGUUUAAAACUAUUUUUCUCUAUUCACCUUUGUUGGAACGGUUUAUGAACAAGGACAGAUGUACCAGUUAUUUAAAAUGGAAAACUACAACAGAAAACCAUUUUAAAACUCAAAUCUUUUUAAGUUUUUGAACUCAAAUCUUCCUCAUCAAAGUUUUUACUCUGUCCCUCAGCAGCACAGUCAGUCCAUAACUGAAGUGAUUCCAAGUGUCCCAAGUUAAACUAAUGCCCUGUUAUGGAAGAAGCAUCCCUGGAAAUGGAAGUACCAUGAAUUUUCCUUCCGAAGUAAGGAACUACAGUGAUUGCACAGUUGGCAAAAAGCAAGCAAGAAAAAAAAAGACAAUGAUUGCAUGGAUUUUUUUUCCCAUUUCUGCAGUGCAGAAUGUAUAGGUUGUAUUAUUAUUAUUAUUAUUAUUAUUAUUACUAUUAUUAUUAUUAUUAUUAUAUUUUUAAACCAGAGCAACCCAAAGAUCUCUCCAGUCAUGUCCCACAGGAACGUAACUCCAGAGUCCUCUUGGUUGCCUGCAAGGUCUAUGUUUUGCUUGGGGAUUCAGGCUCCUCAGGGUCUACUGCUGUCCCCUGGAGGUGUUUUUUGGGUCAGAUCCUGUAUUUUCCUGGAGGAAAAAGAAAACAACCCCAACCCACGCACCCUGACCGUGCACCUCUCAGACUGCUCGGGCCCCAUCUCUUAUUUAAGUGUGUAUGUUUAUUGUACAUUUGGUGACUGUUGUUGUGUUCAGAGUCUCGUGCAACCUGGCAGGUGUAAAAAACAACACCCCCCCCCCGAAAUUAAUAAAUCUUUUUCUCUUUUUUUUUUUUAAA